AUGUUGAGAAGAACAACACCUAGUAGCAACAACAACAAAAGAAGAAGGAACAAAACGAACGCGUUGUUGGAAGGCGAAGAAGCCUUAUCAUCGCUAGAUGUGACGUAUCCGAUCGCUUUACUUCUAGGAUUAAGUUUAGGUUUUGGCAUCGCCCGAAUAAUCGUGUACACGCGCUUGCAAUACAUCGCGGCGAAAUUCUUGACGUUGCGAAUAUUUCAACCGGACGCGAGAGUGCUGGAGUACGAUUGCGGGAACAGCGGAAGAAACUUGUAUUAUUAUCCAAAAAACGUGAAGUUUGUCACGUAUAAAGGUCCAGAGGUGAAAGGAGAUCUUUUAGGGCAGAUCUCCGUUCAGGCGGAGAUUCCCGUGCAGAUUGAAACCGCGGCGUACGAGAAGAGUUUGUCCGGGAUGCGGGAGGAGUCGAUGGACGCGGUGGUCAGUACCGGGGCAUUUACGCGAGUGUUGAAGGAAAAAGGAAGAGAAGUUUUAGGAGAUGUGCUGAAAGAAAGCUCGAGAGUGUUGAAAUCAGACGGUCAAGCGGCGAUGAUUUUCAUCGAGCCGAAAUCGGACGAGUUGAUGGACGUUUUAGAGAAGAACGGCCGAGCGCUCUUUAACCCGAUGGAAGUGGACGAGAAGUGGGAGACGUUACCGCUAUUUCCGUAUUUAAUUGGAACGAUGACGAAGAAAGAGAGAGGUAGCAGUAGUAAUAUCAAUAGUGACGGAGAAAAGCCGAAGAGUGAAUUGCAAUCUAUUCGGAGCAGACGCAAGCCGAAGAAAUAA